AGUUAAUUCAUAAAGAAAUAUAAUAAUUUUCCCCCUAAAAAACGAGAGGCAAUUUCAUUAUUUCAUAAAUUAAUAACCCCUUUAUCCACGAAAUUUCCUUCCAAUUUCCCUCAAUAUACUCCAGUCUCCAUAUAAACUACUAGUACGCAGUUCAUUUCUCCCUCAUUUCCUCCAUUUUCGAACUUAUUAAGCUUAGUUCAUUGUUCAACACUUCAAUUUUUAGUUUUUUUAGCGACAAUUCACUUUUGUUGAUCAUUAAUUUUUCGUUCUGGUUACAAUGGAUGGUUAGGUGUUCGUUGAAUUGCGGCCAUUUUCUGCGUCGUAGUUUGCUGUAAUAGUGGCCAAAUUAAGUAACGGAGGGUGCCAUCUCUAGCUUUUAGAUAAGGUGCAAAUUGUGAACUGGUUCAGGACAAGCCUAUAAUCAUGUCAGGAGGUUUGCAGCUAUCUCAAUUUAUGAAUUAUAUGAACGACAAUCGAGACAGAGGUGUAAGGUUUGAGGGUCGCAAUUCAGAAGGGUCAACUAGUUCCGAUCAACCACUUUAUCCUACUCAAAGACCAUUGCCACAUCCUGAGAAUGUAGCACAAUUCGGCUCAGCUUUUGAUGUUAUCCGUCGAGGAUUUCAGAGAGGUUCUCCAGGAAUGAGAACCUUUGGAGAAUCUCUGAACUUUAAGGUGCUCAAGAAUCAAUCUACUAAGAAGCUGGGAAAGCAGGAGAUUAUUCUUGAUCCCCAGGGGCCAUUGGUACAGAAAUGGAAUAAGAUGUUUCUAAUCUCAUGUUUUCUUGCAAUGGCCUGCGACCCAUUAUUCCUUUACAUCCCUGUGAUAGAUGGUGCUAAGAAAUGCCUCAAGCUGGACGUGAACUUGGAAAUCAUAGCUUGUUUUCUUCGCACGUUUACAGACUUGUUCUAUAUACUUCAUAUUAUCUUGCAGUUCCGUACUGGCUUUGUUGCUCCUCCAUCUCGAGUGCUUGGAAGAGGUGAAUUAAUCACAGACCAUGCUGCUAUAGCUAAAAGAUAUAUCUCUUCUUACUUCUUUGUGGACAUACUUGCUGUCUUACCCUUACCUCAGAUGUCAGUUUUGAUUAUCUUUCCAAAGUUGAUGGGUGGAGGUCGUUUGACUUCAAAGGGUUUGUUGAAAUUAGUGAUUUUCAUCCAAUAUAUCCCACGGUUCAUUCGGAUUUUUCCUUUAUACAAGGGAGUAGCAAGGACAUCAGGCAUAAUUACUGAAACAGCUUGGGCUGGAGCUGCUCUCAAUCUGUUCUUGUACAUGCUAGCAAGCCAUGUGUUUGGAGCAGUUUGGUAUCUUUUUUCUAUAGAUCGGCAAGGAAAAUGCUGGCAUAUUUCAUGUAUUGGGGAAGGAUGUAACCAUCUGUCGUUGUAUUGCAACGACAAACACAGAGCUUCAGCAUUCAACAGUUCUUACUGCAAGCUAGUAGACCCUGAUGAAAUAACUGAUUUCAGUGUUUUUAACUUUGGCUUGUUUUAUGAUGCUCUUCAAUCAGAAGUUGUGCAAUCCACUCAUUUUUGGAAAAAACUAUUUUACUGUUUCUGGUGGGGCCUUCGAAAUCUCAGCUCUCUUGGACAAAAUCUGAAAACAAGUACUUUCAUUUGGGAGAACUUAUUUGCAGUUUUCAUUUGUGUAGCUGGACUGGUCCUGUUUUCCUUGCUUAUUGGAAACAUGCAGACAUACCUACAAUCAACAACCAUAAGAGUAGAGGGGAUGAGAAUCAGACGACGAGAUGCAGAGCAAUGGAUGUCUCAUCGUCUGCUUCCAGAGGACAUGAGAGAGAGGAUUCGAAGGUAUGAACAAUACGAUUGGCAAGAAAAAAGAGGUGUUGAUGAAGAGAGUAUAAUUCGUAACCUUCCUAGGGAUCUCAGGAGGGACAUCAAGCGGCAUCUCUGUUUGGAUCUUCUAAUGAGUGUUCCCAUAUUUGCGAAAAUGGACGAGCAACUGAAAGAUGCGUUGUGUGAUCGUCUUAAACCGAUGCUUUAUACUGAGAACAGCAAAAUUGUUCGCGAGGGUGAUCCUGUUAACGAGAUGCUGUUUAUCAUGAGAGGAAGCUUAUUAACUAUGACCACAAAUGGUGGAAGAACUGGUUUCUUUAAUUCAGUUACCCUCAAGGCUGGUGAUUUUUGUGGUGAAGAGUUGCUCACAUGGGCCCUAGAUCCACACUCUUAUUCCAAUCUGCCCAUCUCAACUAGGACCGUAAAAAGCGAGACAGAAGUUGAAGCCUUUGCGCUGUUUCCUGAUGAUCUAAAAUUUGUGGCAUUACAAUUUCGUAGGCUUCACAGCAAGCAGCUCCGACACACGUUUAGGUUUCAUUCACAGCAGUGGAGAACAUGGGCAGCCUGUUUUAUACAGGCAGCAUGGAGGCGGCACUGCAGAAGGAAGCUUGAGAAAUCUAUACGAGAGGCUGAAGAAUACGCUCUACCAAAGGAGGGUGGACGCUCACCAAGCUUUGGUGCCACCAUUUACGUCUCAAGGUUUGCUGCCAAUGCACUUCGUAACCUGCGACAAAAUAGUCCCCGAAAUGCAAGAAUUCUUCCAAGGUCACCCCUUCUCAGCCUGCAAAAGCCAACUGAGCCUGAUUUUCUUUCUGAAGGUGAUUAGCAUCUAAACUCUUAGCUUUAUAGUUAUUGUUGCUUCAAGCUGUACCCUUGAUGUGUAGAGUAUCACCAUAUUCACCAAAUAGUAUAGAUUUUGUAAAUUUAAUCUAGGAGUUCUUCAACAACAGCAAAUAGUAAUUGCUGAAUUUGUUUCGAUAUAAAUUAAUGUGCAAGUGUAUAGUGAUGAUGAUAAUUGGCGUAUUAGUAACUUUACUUUAGUAGCUUCCAUCAAUAAAGACGUGGAUCUUUUCUA